UUUAAUAUUAUUUUCCGGGCAGCAUAUAUGUUUAUAUGAUACUAUCGAAGUGUUUUAUUUAUAUACUGAUCUUUUGUAUAAGAUUAGGUUAUGGUUAUUUAUUUUCUGUUUGCCGUACUAGAUUUUCAGGAUUCUUACAUUCACGUACGUACCAAGUUCUGAAUACGUUGAGUAACGGAUAUUGUAGCGUUAUAGAUGAUCAUUUAGGGUUGGGACUUGGAUGUAAUCAUAGGUAUAAAGGUGAUUACAUUUUUGCCAUUCGAAGUUUGUCACCCUCUGAGGAGAGUUUAGGGGCCUCUUCUUCUGUUGGAGGUUCAGGUUUUACUGGAGAUGACACCUUGUCGGAGUUACGUCGUAUACUUCGGGAGAGGCACGGGUCUGAAUACCCGUUGCGUGAGUACUACAUCAAGGGUACCGGUCCUGGUGGUCAGAAGGUCAACAAAUCCAGCAACUGCGUGCAGCUGAUUCGUUAUUCACCGGCUUUGGGUGUAAAUAUUGUGGUCAAGUGUCACAAGCACAGGUCAUUGUUGGACAACCGUAUAGAGGCCACUCGUAUUCUGUUGCGCCGUCUUGACCAGGCUGUUACUGCUCAGUCACGUGCUUUACGCCAGGCUGAAGAGAAAUCUAAGCGUCGCAUUCUUAAGUUGACUGCUGCUGAGAAGGCUCGUAAGAAGUUUGAGAAGCAGUUACGUUCUGAGAAGAAGUCAAUUCGUCGUCGUUGGAAGGCUGAAGAGGAAUACUAAUUCCUAUGUUACAUUUUCAU